AUGGUCAGUUCUUCAACCUCCAAGGCAACUGCUCUGUCGAUCAACUAUGAAGCAACUGCCGACCUUGAUUCAACCAAUGCUUUCGAAGGCCCAGAGAAGCUUCUCGAAGUCUGGUUCACACCUUCCCCGGAGUUGCUCCCACCCACUACCCACCAAAAUGGUCUCAAAUACAUCACAAAAGAGAGAUGGGAGCAGAUGUUGGACAUCGUCAAGUGCAAGGUCCUCUCGGUUGUCAAGAACGACAACGUGGACGCAUACCUUUUGAGUGAAAGUAGCAUGUUUGUCUUUCCCCAUAAAGUUAUUCUCAAGACCUGUGGAACAACCACCCUUCUCAAUGGUCUUCCGGAGAUGCUUCGCAUUGCUGCUGAAGCUGGUUUCAACAAUGGCGGGGCCCACGUUGCUACCCCAUACCGUGUUUUCUACUCUAGGAAGUCUUUCAUGUUCCCCGAUAAGCAGAUGCACCCCCACAAGAGUUGGAGGGAUGAGGUUGAAUAUCUUGAUGAGUGGUUCCUCAACGGGAGCGCCUAUAUGGUUGGAAAGAUGAACGGCGAGCACUGGUACCUCUACUUGACCAACCCAGGAACCAUGCUUUCCCCACCUCUGACACCCACAAACGAGCUUGCCGAGCCGUUUGACAUACCCACGGAGACAAAAAUACUAACUUUCCCGGAGGCCAACGACAUUGUGUACAAGAAUAUCGGCGGUGGACGAGAUGGGGGCAGUGGAAAUGGGAUUUUCGAUGAGACCCUUGAGGUCUUGAUGACUGAUUUGGAUGAAACUAAGGCCAAGCAAUUUUACCUUGCUAAUGCUAGUGCCUUGGCUGCGAGUCAAUUCAGGCGCCAACAGCAUGAGGAUUCUGGGGAGGCCUCAUCUGACGAGGAUGAUGAGCUUCCAGAGGAGCUUACCAGCGAGGGUCAUGCUCUCGGUUCUAUCGUCUCGAAGGCUUGUGGACUCGAUGACACAUACCCGCGAUCCAAGUACCCUGAUGCCUGCGUCGACUCCUACAUCUUUAGCCCUUGCGGAUUCUCGGCCAAUGCCGUCAUCCCGUCCCCUGACCCGAACGUCCCCACCACCCAUUAUUUCACCGUGCACGUCACGCCGGAACCCCACUGCUCUUACGCUUCGUUUGAGACCAAUGUGCCAGGACGCCAAUCUGGGCGUGAGACUGCUGAAAUCCUGGAGCACGUUGUUGGAAUUUUCCGUCCGGGAAGAUUCUCGGUCACCUUGUUUGAGGCCCAGCCGAACAGCUUGGAGCGUGCCCAGGGAGGGGGUGUCUACGAUACCACGGCAGCAAAGAGAAACGCGAGGAUGGAUGCCAUCAAGGGCUACAGGCGCGUUGACAAGAUUCGCCAUGAUCUCGACGGUUACGAUCUUGUUUUCCGCUACUACGAGCGUGAUGACUGGAAGGGUGGUGUUAAGCCCGUUUUGCGUGAUUUCUGA